CCAUAAACCUCAACAUCAGUUUACACAAUUUCCUCUUAAAUUCCUCUAUUAAUUAUUUCCCCCUUUUUGCAUUUUGUUGGUAGACUCAUCUUCUCUUUCUUGUAAUAUAAAUCUACUUAUAUCAGCACAUCAUAUAAAACAAAGUGUUAUAGUUAUCCAUGGCUUUGCAGAAACAUCUUUUAGUGAUUCUCUUAGUUUGUUUGAUCAGCUCUUGUUAUGCUUAUCAAUUCUAUGUUGGAGGAAAAGCUGGUUGGGUCCCUAAUCCAUCUGAAAAUUACAACCAUUGGGCUGAACGAAUGAGAUUCCAAGUCAAUGACACUCUUGUGUUCAAGUACAAGAAAGGAUCAAACUCAGCGUUAGUGGUAAACAAGGAUGAUUAUGACAAGUGCAACACAAAUAAUCCUAUCAAGAAGAUGGAUGAUGGCAAUUCAAUUUUCAAGUUUGAUCAGUCUGGUCUUUUUUACUUCAUUAGUGGAAAUAAAGAUGAUUGUGAAAAAGGAUCACAAAAAUUAAUUGUUCUUGUUUUAGCUAUUAGACCUCCUCCUCCUCCUCCUCCUUCUCCUACUCCUCCUUCUCCUCCUUCUCCUACUCCUCCUUCUCCUACUACACCACCCUCAACCCCGGGAAAAUCUCCGGCAACAUCUCCCGUGGUGUCGCCCGCAACAUCUCCGGUGAGCCAAACGCCUUCUUCAUUACCCGUAAAUUCUCCAUCUCCCAUGGUGUCGCCCGCAAUAUCUCCCAUGGUGUCGCCCGCAACAUCAAAGAACUCAGCAGUAAAAGCAUUUACUACAACUCUUUUAGUGUCAAUUAUAUUGACUAUAUUUAUUUCUGCUUAGUGGAGUGAUAGACAAAAAUAAAGUUAGUAGAAAAUAAAAAAUAGUUUUUUUUUCUUCUUAUUUUGGUGUUGUUUGAUCUUGGUACAUUGAGUUACUGGGAGGUUUAGAUGUACAAAGGUGUGUUUUUAAUUUUUAAUUUUAUCUUUUGCUGUUUUGUUGUUGGCAUGAAAUUGAUUUCAUGAGAGUAUAUAAUCAAGUUUUUGUUCUUGUUCUUAAAAA